AUGCAAAUUAAAGAAACAAUUUCAACUAACGAAUUAAACGAUUCUUUGAUCAAUAAUGAAUUCGAAAUUGUUGAUACACCACCAGCUCAAGAAAAAAGAAAUGAUGAUGAUCCCAUAAACAAUAAUCAAAAUCAAGAUAAUCCUGAUGAUUUUAUCAAUAAUGAAUAUGAUGAACGCAUUAAAUAUCAGAAAAACAAUCAGGCUUUAAUCAAUGUGAUUAAACAUGAUGUACUUCAUGUUGACGAGAAGAAGUUUCACGUGAAGAUGAAACCUUUUUUGGAAGAAUUCACAAAUUCAACUGCAACUUUAAUGAAUGAAAUGGAUGAAGUUGACUUACCACCAUCUUCAAAAGUUAUGGAUGGAACAGUAUUUUGUCGUCGAUUCGCCAAUAUUGUUGAACACAGUCCAGCAUUUAAGGAUACAGGACAUGAUAUUGCCAUUUUAUUGCGUGAAUUCAGUUUAAAAAUCAUGGAUGCAGGAACUUCACUUGAGGAUAUGUAUAGAAUGGGUGACAUGUUAUUCUGGACACUAGAUAAAAGUAUUUCUGAGAUAAUUUUGAAAUUAAAUCCGAGUUUAUUUGAUAAAAUAUUUGAAAAAGAUGACCAGUCUUUUUUCAAAACAAGAAUUCAAGAUAUGAUUGAUGAUGUACAUAAAUUUCAGAAAAAGGUAACCUUGGCAAGAAAAGCAAUAACUGAUGCAGAAAAUUUUCGUGAUAAAGCUGAGAAUAAAGUUAGAGCUGGUAAAAAAGAAGCCGAAAAAUUUGUUAAUAAACAUCCUGGUAUAAAUGAAUACAGAUUUAAAUUAGUUGCCGAAAAUUUGGAAAGAGUCGAUGAAGAUAUCUCAAUCGAUGUCGAAAAUGCAAAAUUUGAAUUAGAAAACGCUGAUAGAAUGUUAAUGUUAUUGGAAAAGUCUGCUGAAGGAUUGGAUAGAAUUAUCAAGAUAUUAAAAAAUUAUACAAGUAAACUAAUGGAUGUUGAUGCACAACUUGAUGGAAUGAGCAGAGUCUCGAAGAGAGAUCUAGGCAGGCUUGAAAAAUUAGUUGAGAAUUUGAGAGAAAGUCAUAUAAACUUUAAAAGGAAAGACGAGACUAUUGGUUAG